UAUGCUGAAUUCCCCGCCUCCCCACUUUUCAACGAGCGCACCGCUAUUUUUAGCACUGCCACGGAUUAAUGUAAAGUGGCGCAGAGACCGUGAACCGGACUGUCCACAAGCAUUGUAGGACCUCGCUCGAUAUCGGUGCAUUUGGUGUGUUACUUGUCACGGAAACCACUUGGCACGGAUUCGGAAAUCGAGUGAGGGAAUGAUGACAAACGCCAUGUCCCCGUUUCUGGCUUUCUUUUCCUAAAGAAGCAGUUUCAAGGAUGAUGCUUUCGAAGCGGAUCGAACGACAACCCCGGCCCUCGGUCCUGCCUGUGGUUCUCCUAUGUUUCAUUCUCACCACUGUCAGUGCCAGCAUGCCAGCUGGGGGUAAGUGCCCGCACCACAUAGACUGUGCCCGUGAGGGGCGGCACUUCUGCAAACCUGGCACCUCCUACUGCGGCCCCUGCCUCACCCCAUUGGAAGAGAACGAGGAAGGACAGUGUGUAGCAAGGAAGAGGCGCCAUCACCAUGGUAAAGUGACAGCCUUCUCUGAUCUAGAUGAAGAAAUUGACUUCCUUCAAUCAGUCAUUGCCAAACAGGAAGUGUCUGAGGUCAAACAAUCAAAACAAUCAGACACCCCCUCCAAGGCAGUUCCUAUGACUCAGACAAAGUCUCCCAGACAGAGAGGCAAGGCCCAACCUUCUGCGGAGCAGCCCACUACCGCCCACCCCUCUACCCGGACCCCGCAGCCUGCCCCUGGGGCUCUGGAGAGGGUGGGACCGGGGGGACCUGGAGGCCCCAUAGCCAUCCCAUACCCCUCCAAGGACAGUCUCCUUGUCAUUAUGAUCUCUGUGUGUAUCAUCUUUGGCACUGUGGCCCUGAUCUUGGCUACAGUUGGCUGGGUAAGGUUGCAGAAAGAAUCACGUCUGGCCCAGAAGGUAGAUUACCCUGCAUUUGGAAGCAAUGGAAAUGGAACAGCCAACAGGACUUCAUCGGGGGAUAAGAAGUUGGCCCAGAGUGCUCAGAUGUACCACUACCAGCAUCAGAAACAGCAGAUGCUCUCCAUGGAAAAACAUAAAUCAGAGACGAAAGUCACUGACUCAGAAGUCACAUCAGAUGAGGAAGAAGUGGGCGGAGACUUCACUGUGUACGAGUGCCCUGGCCUUGCACCGACUGGAGAGAUGGAAGUGAAAAAUCCUUUGUUUGACGACUCUACCCUAUACUACCAAGGGAAUCCCAAGGGAAUUCCAUAGGUUUUAAUGCAUGCUGGCACACGCAGACACCACACACACACACACACACACAUACACAAACACACACACACACAGAAACAUACACCCAAUUAAAACAUAAUACAAACCUACACACACACACACAAUUUCUUGUACUCUGGAAAAGACCACCUUAACUCUCCAAUCAGGCUGCUCUGUCAAAACUGGACAGGUUUAUACAGAUGUCGGAUCUUAAUUUGACGCAUUUCGUUGCAGAAGGAAAAUUAUCUGCAGCAGGAGGAAUUGAAUGUCUAUUUAAUAUUGAGAAUCAAUACCAGGGAGCAGCUGGAAGCAGUGUUUUGUAGGCUAUACAAUAAUUUAGACUGUAGGUCCACUGAUUAAUUGUUGUAUUAUAUGUUCAAGGCAAACAAUAAGCAAAAUAAAUUGGUGGUUAUCGCA